AUGGCCUCUCUUCGCCUUCUUCUGCUGGGGUCCUGGGCCUUUGGGGCCCUGGGCCAGCAGUGCGAUUGCGGCCAAUGCCCCAACUAUGAUUGGACGUCCACGUGCUUCGACAACUGCACCGUCACGGGAGACCCGCACGUGGAGCACAGUUGGCGCAAAGGCUACGAGAACGGCUUCGACUUCCAGCCGCAGGGAAUCUGGCGCCUGGCAAAGACGGAGACCUGUGGCGGCACGGUGGAGGUCCAGGCUUUCUUUUGCCAGUACUUCUUCACCAGGCUCAGCUCCGCCAUCGGCUAUGCCAUCACCAUCAACAACGGCGACAAGUACAUCGUGAAAAAGGUCGGCGACGACUACGUGGUCGGCAGCCCCAACGUCGAGAGUGCAACCCUGAAGAUCCUGAACGACAACACUACGGACCCUGCAGCCGGAAUCAUCAUCACGAGCACCGACAACUGCAUCCGCAUCAAGCUGAACACCCAGCCUCUCUACGGACGUGCUGCGCAGAAGAAGUUCACUCCCGAGGCCUACUUCAACAACAUCGUCAUCAAGGUCUGGGGUUGUGCGACGACGGAGGAAGGCAUCUGCGGAGCUGAGCGCCUGGGGCCUGCUUAG